GACAGAAGGGGGCUCAGUAGAUCCGCGCGCAGAGCAGGAAAGCUGCAGAGCGUGUGAGAGAUGUGUGUAUGCCAGUGGAUACGAUAUCACCUGCCUGUCCUCGUCACUCCGUCUGCGCCUCUGCUGCGUCUUUACGCCUUCGAACCAAAACUCCAAACUCCAGGCUGCUGCUCUGCGCGCCGUGCGUAAAAGCGCAAACCGAGCGGAGUCGAUGCUUUGCGGCUUUCUGCCGUCAUCUAUUUAUUUCUUCUCGCUGGGAGAGGAGCUGUCCGGACUGUGUGAACACAGAGAGCCCGCUGAUCCUCCAGCCUCUGAGGUUCUGCUUUUCCUGCUAGCUCGUGCGGAGGUGGGAAAACCCGCGUGCCGUGCGUAAAUAAAAAGCUAAAAGCUCCGGAUCCAUGAACUCUAUGAAGGAUCCUCUGGCUCUGGAGCAUCAGCAGCACAUGGCUGGAGGCAAAGCGGCCGCCCUGCACACUCCUUUAGCCAUGGCCUCCAGCCUUCAGCCCCUCAAACCGCGGCUGGAAGGGCGCAGCGUGGCCGACUCCUCGAGCCCUGAGUGCGCAGAUAAGGAUAAGUCCAGCUCUAAGGAUGACCCGUGCGAUGACCCGUGUAAGAAGAAGCGCCAGCGACGGCAGCGCACGCACUUCACCAGCGCGCAGCUGCAGGAGCUCGAGGCCACAUUCCAGAGGAACCGCUACCCGGACAUGAGCACGCGCGAGGAGAUCGCAGUAUGGACGAACCUCACGGAGGCCAGAGUCAGGGUGUGGUUCAAGAACCGGCGAGCCAAGUGGCGCAAGCGUGAGCGCAACCAGCAAGCAGAGCUGUGUAAAGGCGGCUUCGGUGCCCAGUUUAAUGGCUUGGUGCAGCCCUAUGAGGACAUGUAUGCCAGCUACCCACCCUACAACAACUGGGCAGCCAAAAGCCUGGCACCAGCCUCUCUGUCGGCCAAAAGCUUCCCUUUCUUUAACUCGGUCAACGUGAGUCCGCUAAGCUCUCAGGCCGUCUUCUCUCCACCCACCUCCAUCUCCUCCAUGAGCGUCUCCUCGGGCAUGGUGCCCACCUCGGGCCUCAACACACCUCUUGGUAACCCCCUGAACAACCUGGGCGGACCCUCGCUCAAUUCUGCCCCUGCUUGUCCCUACGCACCCCCGACGCCGCCCUAUGUCUACCGGGACACAUGCAACUCCAGUCUGGCCAGUCUCAGACUGAAAGCCAAGCAGCACUCCAGCUUUGGCUAUGCGGGGGUGCAAAACCCUUCCAACCUCAGCGCAUGCCAGUAUGCAGUGGAUAGACCCGUUUAGGGAUCGGACACUGGGGAAAAAACCCAAAAUUACCCCCUGUUCACCCUCGCACCCUCCAGCCCCAGGACUUUCACCUAUUACCUCUUGUAUAAAGGGGGCGCUAGAACAAAAAACACCAAUGAUAGCGCACCAAGACCCACAAUGGACGCAAAGGGAAGAAAAGCACUCAGUGUAGGGCUGGAAACACCCCUCUCUGUCAUUUAUACCCCUCAAUUUAGCCCCCUGAACACCAAGAGACUCUUCUCUAUUAUCUCCUCUUCUAUGGCCUGUUCAGAGGCCCCUAAUGGUGCGUUGGAGUUUAUCACAAAUGGAAAGCUCUCGCUGUAGUUUUGAGACCCUCAAAUUGGCACCCCUAAACCUAAGACUCUUAACUCCCACCCCCUCUUUUAAAGAAGUACUAGUACAAGCACACCGAUGGUGUACCUCGAUCCAAAGUAGAUAGACUUAAAUGUAAGAAGCAAAGCUCUUCAUGUAGAGCUGGGACAUGCACCCAGUUUAUUUCUCCAUUUCCCUGAGUUUACCCCGUUCCUGUCCUCCUUCCAAGCCCAAAGACCUUACCUUACUAACAUGCCUAAUACCCUGCCGCACUAACAUGGCACUAGAACACACACUGAUGGGUGCACCAUAACCUAAAAUAGAUGGAGUUUAGCACAAAGUUUUUAUUGUGAGGUUGGGUAUCCCCCUGAAACCUCCUCAUUACCCCCUAUAUAGAGGGCAUUAGAAUACCUAAACCUCAAAUACCUACAUGGCACAAAUGGAAUGCAAAGCUCUCAGUGUUGGGCCCCUCCACUUACCCCACCAUUUUAACUAUCAUUUAUUAUCCUAGUUUUGAACCCCCCCCCAUCCCCCCCCCCAACCCCCAACCCCCAGCCAUAACACUCACGUAUUACCCCGUCUCUCAAAGGGCACUAGAAUAUCCACACUGAGGGUGCAAGGUGACCCAAAGUGGGUGACCAGAAGAGAUAUUUACCCUCCUCCUCCAAUUUCACCCCCCUCCAAUUUUACCCAUCAACUCUUCUAAAGGACUUUUGCACCCUCUAACAAGGGGAGCUAGAACUACACUGCUGAUGGAGCACCAUGAACAAAAAUGGACAAAGUAUAAUUCCCCCCCACUCCUUCUUUAUCCCACCCCUUCCCCAGCCCCAGGACUCUAUAAGGGGAUGGGGGGGGGGGCUCUAGAAUAAAUAAAUGCACCACUGAUGACCCAGAAUGGACGGAAUUUAAUGCAAAGGGAAGCAAAGUCUCUACUGCUUGAGUUUUUAUUAUGAUAACUCUCCUAUUUGGAUGCUGGUUUGGGGGGGGGGGUGUAACCCCUCCUUACAUAAGCUUCUUUUUGGCCUGUGCGCCUGUAUAUAUGUCUAAAGAUCAUCUCCAAUUGGAGUGAAUGCUGUAGCUCUUUAAACACACUUUAAAACAGCAUGUGGUAAAAAAAUAAGUAAAUAAACCUAACAGUCUUGCUUGCAAAAAAAAAAAAAAUUAAGAUAAAUAAGGGGGAUGUAUAUAGUAAGUGUGUGGUUAUGUGUCUGUGUGGA